AUGAAUAAAUAAAUUACUUAGUUUAUUUUUAAAGUAAUUAAAAAAUAUUAGACAAAGUAUUGUAAAACAAACUAAGUUAUCUUGAAGAUGUCUUUUUUUCAAAAAAUAUUGCUUUUCAUAAUUUUUAAUUACUUUUAACCUAUCGUACUAUCAUUAAAUUGGUAAACAAGCUUUUAUCCAUUUGAAGAAACAUAUUUAAGGAAAGAAAAUUAAUUUUAAGUUAGGAAAUUAUUAAUGUGCCAUCCUCUUUGUUAAACAUGUAUUGGCUCUGAUUAAUACAGUUGUACUUCGUGUGACUCUUCUAAAAACUUGGUUUAAUCAGGUACUUCUUCUCCAUUUUAAUGUGUAUGUUAAUAAAAUUAUUAUUUGAAUUCAAAUUCUUGCUCUAAAUGCGAUUUAUCUUGUAAAUCUUGUAAUGGAGGAAAUAACUAAAAUUGCACAUAAUGUUAAUCUAAUCGAACUUUCUCAAACGGAAGAUGCUUAUGUAAUCCUUCAUUUUACGAUGAUGGUUCAGGGAAUUGUUUAGCUUGUAUUGCAAAUUGUUUAAAUUGUAGUUCUACUAACCCUUUGUAAUGUAUUUAAUGCUCUUAAAAUAGGAUUUUUUAAAAUUCUAUAUGCGAAUGCAUUUAAGGCUACUAUGAAAAUGGUAGCUUAUGUAUUUAAUGUAACAGUCUUUGUAAAAUAUGUAAAAUAUCUAAAAAUACAAGUUGUGAUUAAUGUCUUGAAAAUAGUUCUUUAUAAAAUUCAUAGUGUGUCUGUAAUUAAGGCUAUUUUUAGAAUAAUUAAAAUUAAUGUUAAUAAUGUGAUCAUACUUGUUAAAAUUGUUUAGGUCCAGGCUCUAAUUAAUGCUAAACUUGCAAUUAAAAUUAUUAUUUAGAUAGCUUAAACCAGUGCUAAAAAUGUUACUCGGCAUGUUAAUUUUGUUCAGGUCCUGCAUCUAACUAAUGUACGAAUUGUGUAUAAAAUAGAAAUUUAAGUAAUGGGAUAUGUUAUUGCAAUGAUGGUUAUUAUGAAGACUUAUCUCAUGUAUGUUAGCCAUGCUAAUAUUCAUGCUCAAAAUGUAAUAAUGGUACCGCUAACGAUUGUACAGCUUGCUAAGCUAAUAGAUAAUUUAAAGGAGGUUUAUGUGUUUGUAAUGAUGGAUAUUUUGAUAAUUCAAUAAAUUAAAUAUGCUCUAAGUGUCAUUAUUCUUGUGCAACUUGCUCUAACUCUUAAAAAAAUUAUUGCUUAAUAUGUUAGGCUAACAGGACUAAGUAAAAUGAUGGUUCUUGCUUAUGCAAUCAAGGGUAUUUUGAUGAUUCUAAUUAGUAGCUAUGUUAAUAAUGUCAUUAUUCUUGCUCUACCUGUUUAAAUUCCUUACAAACUAGUUGCAUAACUUGUUAAGCUAACAGAAGCCAAUAAAAUGAUGGUUCUUGUCAUUGCAAUUAAGGAUUUUAUGAUGAUUCUGCUUCUUAAAAAUGCCAAUAGUGCCAUUUUUCUUGUUAAACUUGCCAAAAUAGUUCAUAAAAUGGCUGUUUAACCUGUAAAUAAUUUAGAUUUUUUCAAAAUGGAAUAUGUAAUUGCAGUGAUGGCUAUUAUGAAGAUAGCAAGUCAAAUUUAUGUUAACCAUGUUAAUAUUCAUGCUCAAAAUGUACUAAUAGUACUGCAAAUGACUGUAUAGCAUGCUAAGCUAAUAGAUAGUUAUAAGGCAAUUAAUGUUUAUGUAUCGAUGGAUAUUUUGAAGAUGUAAUUAACAAAACUUGUUCUUAAUGUCAUUACUCUUGCGCUACCUGCUCUAACUCUUAGAAUAAUAGUUGUUUAUCUUGUUAGUAAAAUAGAACACCUCAAAUGAAUGGUACUUGUCUCUGCAACUAAGGAUUUUAUGAUGAUUCAAAUUCUAAGCAGUGCUAACCUUGUCAUUAUUCUUGUCAAACAUGUUCUGGUAGAAAUAUUAAUAAUUGCCUCUAAUGUUAAUCUAACAGAACUUAAUAAGGAAAUACAUGUAUUUGUAACUAAGGGUAUUAUGAUGAUACAUUAAUAUAAACUUGCGUUCCUUGCCAUUACUCUUGCUAAACAUGUUAAAAUAGUUCUUUUAAUGGUUGUUAAACUUGUAAGUCAAAUAGAAAUUUUUCUGCAGGUUCAUGUCCAUGCAAAAGUGGAUUUUAUGAUGAUACUUAAACAAAAAACUGUUUACCCUGUUAAUAUAGUUGCUUAACUUGUACAGCUGGGUCUAGCAGUGACUGUUCCAGCUGUUAAGCAGAUAGAUACAUUUAGAAUGGAAUGUGCCUUUGCUACCCUGGGUAGUAUGACGACACAUAAAAUAAAAAAUGUUCUCCAUGCAAUUAUACAUGUUAAACUUGUAAUGGUAAUUCUACUAAUUCAUGUACGUCAUGCAAUUCAACUAGAUAUUUAACAAGUAAUAGUUAAGGUAAUUGCUUAUGCAAAUAAAGUUAUUAUGAAGAAUCUUAAAAUUCUUUAUGCAAGCCAUGUGAUAAAUCCUGCUUAAAUUGUAUUGGUCCCUCUCCUUCAAUGUGUACUUAAUGUGAUUCAUCCAAAAAUUUCACGCCAUUAAAUUCCUCUGCUUCAUAAUUUUCUUGUGUUUGUAUUUCUAACAGCUUUUAUGAUCCCCAAAACAUUGUAUGUAUAUUGUGUAAUUAUAGAUGCGCUACAUGUAACGGUGCUUUAUAAACAUAAUGUCUCUCUUGUUUACCUUCUUUAUAUAGAGAGCUUUAAGGCUCUAGCUGUGUUUGCAUAUAAGGGUAUUUUGAGAAUGCUAAAGGAUAGUGUUAACCCUGCCAUUCUUCAUGUUAUAAUUGUAUAGGUCCUACAAAAUUCUAAUGUUCAUAAUGCGACUCUUCUUAAAAUAGAUUUUACAACUAAAAUUACUCUACAUGCGAUUGCAUUUAAGGUUUUUAUAAUAUUUUAUAGCCAUUUUAAGCUGGGAAACCGAAAGUUUAAACCUGUCUGCAAUGCAAUUUUUUAUGUUCAUAUUGCACUUCAAACAGCUCAUGUUUAGGAUGUAUAAACAAUUUAAUAUUACUACCUAACUUUCAAUGCUCUUGUCCUGAAGGAACUUACUUAGAUAAAAGUACAAAUUAUUGCUUAUAAUGUUAUUAAACAUGCUAGAGUUGUGUAGGACCUAACCAAUAAGAUUGUUUAAAGUGCAAAUUAAAUUUGAUUUAAACACCAUCAUAUACUUAAGCUGUUUCUCCUUUUAAUAAACUGUAUAAAUGUAUUUGCUCAUAAUAAAACUGUAUUAAAUGUCAUUACUCUUGUUAGUUAAAUUCAUGCAAUCCAGAUAAACCGAAUAUUUGUUAAAAUUGUUUGCCAAAUAGAUAACUAGUUUAAAAAUAAUUAUAAGGAUAAAGCGCAUAAAUAUGCAUUUGUAAUGAUGGAUUUUAUGAAGAUGAAAUAACUUUAUAAUGUAAACCAUGUAAUUAAUCUUGCGCUACAUGCUUAGGUCCUUCUGAAUAUGACUGCAUUACUUGUAAUUAAAAUAGAAUUAUUGACUUGUAAAAUUCUCUUAUUUAUGGUAGAUGUUUAUGCAAAAAUGGUUAUUUUCAAAAUGAAUUGACUUAAUAGUGCUAAAAAUGCAAUAACUCAUGCGCCUCUUGUGCAGGAAACUCUAAUUUUUGUACUUCAUGCUAAUAAAAUGCCUUUUUAAACUCCCUAGGAAUCUGUACAUGCAUCCCUAGCUAUUUUCUUUCUUAAGAAGGAGAAUGUUUAAAAUGUCAUUACAGCUGUGAAAAUUGUUUUGGUCCGACAGAAUUUGAUUGCCUUUAAUGCUCAUCUAAAACAAGAACUUAAUUAAUAAUUAGUUAAUCUCCACCUAAAAUUACAUGUUAUUGUAAUUAAGGUUUUUAUGAUUCAGGAGUUAAUGAUUGUCAAGCAUGUAGCCCAAUAUGUAUGAGCUGUAUUUAAUCUUCAGACCACUGCUUAAGUUGCUACCCUUAAGAAAUAAGCAAAAGAAUAUUAGUAAACAACUAAUGUGUAUGCAAAGAAGGGUAUAAGGAAAAUAAAAGUGGAAUUUGCGUUUAAUGUCCUUAUGAUUGUUUGAUGUGUGAUAAUAAUGGUAAUUGUAUAACCUGCUCAAAUAGCUUAAGGGUCUUAAACCCUUUAACAAAAAGAUGUUCUUGUAGAGAAGGAUAUUACGAAGCAAAUGAUACCUCUUGUUAAAAGUGUAGUUAUAGAUGCAAAAACUGUAAUACAAAUCCAAACCUAUGUUCUGAAUGCCAUACAAAUUCAUACUUAAAUAACCAUUCUACCUGUAUUUGUAUGGAUGGUUUUUAUGAAAUGUAACCAACCUAAGAUUAAAUAAACAAAAUUCCAGAAAUUUAAUUUUAAAUAUGUUAAAAAUGCAACUACAGGUGCAAUACUUGUGAUAAUUCUACAACAUGUACUUCAUGUUUAUUAUCAAAUAGCAAUGUUUAUUUUAAUUUAGAUACCUAGCUUUGUGAGUGCUAUUUUGGAUUUUAAAUGGUAGCUAAUUUACAAGCAAAUACUUUCAGCUGUAUUUAAUAAGAUAAUUUUACUUUCUAAAAUACCAACCAAAACUCAAUUUAGCAUUCCAUGGAUAGAGUAUUAGGACUACUUAUGUAUAUAUUUAACAUAACAGCAGUCUUUUCUUUGAUAUUUGGCUAAUUUAUAGUCUCAGAUUUAGGAUUUUAAACUUGCUUUGAUUUUUAAUUAUUGCUUUAUUACAAUGGAAUGAAACUAAAUUUAAUAAUAGAUUUCCUAGAAGCUCUUGAUAAGAAUUCUAUUUUCAAAUUAUUAAAUUACAUAAAUUUAUUUAAAGAUUUAAUACAAGAAGAAAAUUAUUUAUCAGUAUAUUAAUAAUAUUAUAAAAUAUCUACCAACCUAUAUCAAUUAGGUGGUGGAGCAAUAUUACUAUGGGCAAUUAUAUAAAUAGCUAAUUUAGUAUUGAAUAAAACAAUCUUUCACAAAAGGUAUGUUUUGCUAGAUUAGAUAUAUAAAAUAUCUAAGGGUAGGAUAUUUCUAUCAAAACUAUACAAUAAUCAUAUACAGCCAAUUAUCAUAUCAACAUCUAAUGUUUUAGUAUAUUAUUUAUUUUUUGCUUUGAUUCUUGGAGUAUAAGAUGGAAGCUUAAAAAUAUAUCUACCGAGCUAUAUUAUUUUAGCUUUGUUAAUUAUUUAUUAGCUUUUUAAUAUAAAGAAUGUAAAUGAAUAUUUUUAAGACCCAUUCUAGAUAUUUUAGAUUGAUUAAAAGAUAAAAUACAGAUAUAAAAUUUCAAUUAUUUAAUUAAUUAUUUCAUGCAUUUAAUUUCAAAUAUUAGUAUCUCUGUCAAAUUUUUAAUAUUUGGCGUUUAUUAUGUACUUCAAGAUCAUUUACGCUUCUUUAAAUAUCCUAAAGUUUAAAGGGAAGAAGUAUUUUUUUUAAAUAGCUAUCAUCUCAUAAGUAUUUACUUUAUUUGGAUAUUUAAAUUUAAUAAUUAUCACAUAUCUUACUGAAAAAUAAUAUGUUUCAUAAGAUUAACAGAAUCUGAUAAUAACAUUAAGUUUAAUAUUUAAAUUAAAUACUAUAAUUGUACUUAUCCUGAUGACCUUAGUUUUUAUUUUUGAUUUUAGCUUCUAACUAUACUCUCGUAGGAAUAUAUUAAUAAAUGAAGAAACUAUAUUACAAAAGAUUAGAAAAGAAAUAUUUUCCCUCUAUAAUUAUGAGAAUAACUUAAAUCUAUCUGAUUCACCAAUAAUUGCUUCGAAUAAUUAUUUUAUACCAAAAUUUAAACAAAUUUAACUAAACUAAACAAAAUAAACUUAAGAAAAAAUAACUUUACCUAAUAAUUAAAAUGGCAAAAACAAUUUUUAAAAAUAACUUAAAAUCAAUUGA